CAGAGUCCUCGACCUCGCUCUCUGACCCUGAGUUCCCGGCCUCGCUCUCUGACCCAACCUCCCUCUCCAAACCUCGAGCUUGACAUCCGAUCUGAACUCGAGCUUAUUAGCCGACCUGAGCUUGUCAUUCUCCUAUUUGAGCCGGCUCUAGCUAGUUCUCCAACGUCUAGUCGCUUGGCACCAAUUUUCCUGUUUUUGCUUCAAUGGAUUAAUUGCUCGUCUUCAUGUUUACUUGAACGCUCAGAUGGGAGGGCAAAUAUCUCGUCUUAUGAAGAUUUGUGCCCAUUACUACCUAGUAUGGUUUUGCACAGAACAGGAUCUUGUGUUAGGAUAUCUUCAAAUGCGGAGUCCCUUAUCUGGCGUGCUGAGAGGCUUUUCUUCCUGAAUGGUGAACAGGAUCUCUCAGCAUUUCUACUGGUGGAUUUGGGAAUAGUCAAGUAUCCAACUUACAAGUGCAUAGUCUCACAACAAAUUUUCUCAGCUCGAGAUGAUUUGCUUGGCUAUGAAGAGGCUAUUGAAGUGGCACAAAUAGUUGAUGAAGCUCUUGAUGGAAGCAACACUGGAUUGGUCUUAAAGUGCAUAAAGAUAGCUGAUUCCCAUUUAUCCAAUCCGGUUCAAUCCUUGACCUCUGAAUCAAUGGCUCCAUUCCUUUCCCACUUUUCAGCAACAUUUGUCUACUCAAAAGUGGUUUUACUAGGAAUUUCUUUUCUUGAGAGUGAGCAUAGUUCUAUCUAGAUAUGAAGUUCGUCAUAUGCUUUGCUUCACAAGGUCGUUUCCUAUCCCGAAAUUUGCAACGCGUUAUCAAUGAGAUCAUAUCUAAAGCAAUGACAACAUUUUCUGCAACAGGCAUGGAUCCCUAUAGUGGGCGGUAAAGGAUCGGAAAGGGUAUACCCAACAAUAACUUGACGAGGUCCGCAUUGAAGUAGCCGACUACUUACAGACUCAACUGUAGGUUCUGACCAGUUUCUUGAUUUUGAGUUAGGCUAGCUUUUAAUUAACUUUUUUGUAGCAAUUAUGAACAAACAUGAAUACUAAUUGCUAGGCUAGCCUUGUAGUAGGUGAAUUGGAAUUUUAUUUUGCCCAUUUUGUAUACUGUUAAGGAUGAUGAUUUCAGAUAUAAUACUCCAAUAUUCAAAUCACUCUCGUCAACUAUUGAAAUUGCAAUUUAUAACAGCAGCUACA